AUGGCGGCCAACUCACCCGCGAAAACCGCCUUGGUGAUCCUGUACUACUUGUACCCAGCUCUCGUUUUCAUCUACUUUUUCUUCGCCUCACUCGUUUCAGCCUGUACAGUACACUCUUCUGGCAAAGAUGAGCGAAAGAAGAAGUGUCCCAGCCGACGGUUGACACUCGUCUUCUACCUCCUGUGCAUCCUGACAUACACUACUCAGUUGUUGCUGCUUGGUGCCCAGGCAGUCCUCUCACAGAGAUGGCCAACAGAGGAUCAUAUCAUCAUUGGCCAUCUGGCUUGCAUUCUGGCGUUCGGGACCCAACUGAGUCGCUGCCUCGACACUGACGAGGGCCCCUUCUAUCCUUUCAUCGGGUCUUGGUUGCUUGGACUGUCUUUUGAUAUUGCAAUCACUGUACUGUCUGCUAUUUUGGGACUGUUAUCCCCGUUCGAUGUCUUCAGUAUCCUUGCAAGCGUUAGCAUCAGCAUUCGUUGCCUGUCUUUCAUAUCACUCGCUAGUUUGUUCGCUGUUCGCUUCUCUGCAAAAUCGAAAUCCGAUGAAGAGCAGGAACCAUUGUUGCCCAAAGUUACAACUACGUCACCUGAAAGUCCGACCAGUCAGGAAUCUGGGUAUGGGUCGACACUCCAGGCUGAGGAAGAAGAAGAAGAAGAGGCCCCGGAGUAUAGUUGGGAACGCAGAGAGAGAGAGGCCAAAGAGGCUAUGAAGAAGAGGCUCGAGGAAGGUGGAAACUGGUUUGAGUACGCCAAAGGCUUCAAGAUUCUUUUCCCAUACGUCUGGCCUGUCGGCAAUGUUGGUCUGCAACUUCGUGCUGCGGCUGUGUGCCUAUGCCUGUUCGUAUCCAAUGCUCUUCACCUACUCAUCCCCCGCCAGACAGGCAUUAUCAUGGACAGCCUGAAUGGUUCCGGCAACAGCAAUCCGUGGAUCUCGGUUCUUGUAUUUGCUGCCCUCCGCUUAGCUGCUUCUGAGUCGGGUAUCGAGCUAGUUCGUCAGUGGCUCUGGGUUCCUGUUAAGUACUAUUCCCACGACGCAUUGACACGAGCAGCCUACUCGCACAUGAUGCAUCUUUCAGCAGACUUCCACGACUCAAAAAGCUCAUCAGACAUGAUGAUGGCGAUCUAUGGAGGCAGUGCGGUUUCUAAUGUUAUUGAGAACGUCUUGCUCUAUGCCGUGCCCAUGCUCAUUGAUAUGGGAGUGGCUAUUGUCUACCUUUCUAUCACCUUUGGGCCCUACGAAGGACUUAUUACCGUGGCUACCGCUGCAAGUCGAAACCGUGUCAAUGCACUAUAUGAAGAACACUAUGUGCGCCAGUCUGGCUUCCUUGGGUGGCAGACAGUUAGUGCAUUCAAUCAGAUCGGUUACGAAGACAAUCGGCACGCCAAUGCAGUCACAAAUCGUUGGCUUAGAGAGCAGCAAUAUGUGCUUGGGUGGUAUAUCUCAAUCGGAUUUCAAACCCUGGUCCUGACAUCUGGUCUUCUUGCGAGCGCAUUUCUAGCAGUCUACCGUAUCAGAGCAGGCCACGCAACACCUGGACAGUUUGCAAUGCUUUUGAUGUAUUGGGCGCAAUUGACAUCACCGCUUCAGUUCUUUGCGAAGUUGGGAAAGAAUGUAAGUGAUGACUUCAUCGAUGCCGAGCGCCUGCUGGACAUCAUGAGAACCCAGCCAUCAGUUGAAAACCAGAAGGGGGCUAGACCAUUGAAGUUCGUAGCUGGGGAGGUUGAGUUUGAGCGGGUUUCUUUUAGUUACGACAAGAAGAAGGGUAUCAUCAAGGAUGUCAGCUUCCACGUUCCUGCUGGCCAGACAGUCGCUUUCGUGGGCGCUACGGGAGCAGGAAAAUCCACACUCAUCAAACUCCUUGAUCGGUUUUACGAUGUGGGCGAUGGCCGUAUUUGCAUUGAUGGUCAAGACAUUCGGGAUGUUGAUCUGUUCAGCCUUCGCGAUCGAAUUGGAGUCGUUCCUCAGAAUCCAAUUCUGUUUGACGACACGAUUAUGAACAAUGUACGAUAUGGAAGGAUAACCGCGACCGAUGAGGAAGUGUUUGAAGCAUGCCAUGCCGCUUGCAUUCAUGAUAAGAUCAAAGGCUUCACUCAUGGAUACAAGACGCGGGUUGGAGAGCGCGGCGUGAAACUGUCUGGCGGUGAGCUUCAGCGAAUUGCAAUUGCUCGAGCAAUGUUGAAGAAGCCGGACAUUGUUCUGCUCGAUGAAGCCACUAGUGCGGUUGAUACGGAUACAGAGCAACAGAUUCAGAUAUCUUUCAAGAGGCUGUGCCAGGGCCGAACCACGUUCAUCGUCGCCCAUCGUCUUUCAACGAUUAUGAACGCAGACCGGAUUAUUGUAGUUGAAAAUGGCGAGAUACUUGAGCAGGGGAACCACGACGAAUUGAUCGUGGCUGGUGGGAGAUACGCCGAUCUUUGGUCAAAGCAGGUCUUUGUGCGAACAAAGGAGGAAGACGCUGAUGCCUCGACUGGCCAAGCAGGAUUUGUUAACGACCUAUCCUCAGAACAGACCAGAACCGAACUAUCAAAAGUCAACAAGCCGACAACAGCAACCAACGAUCAACCGAAGUCAUCCGAAGCCAGAGCUAGCGCAGAGGAUGCUCUCGUUACCCAAGGUCGCAAGCAAGAGGGAACCCGGUUGAAUCCUGUUGCCGCUACAUUUACCCCUCGCAGGUUGGCCAAGAUCAGGAAAUCCAUGGAGACCGGGACCUCCGAGGCAUCGACCAGCUCCAUCACUCAAGAUGGAUUGAUAAAUGAGGGUCGACCCAUUACGAGUAGCGGUGACACUACAACGCAAGCCACGGACUCCAGAGAGAAAAAGAGAGCGUUUAUGGCAGCCGUUGACCGUGCUCUUAAAAGCAAACAAGCGAAAGAAUUUGACGAAGCAAAAGUCUCGGAGCGUAAGCACAAAGUACCAAGUUGCUGUACUCCGCUGACUCUCCAAGCUUUGGUCAAAUGUGGAGAUGAGGCUGAAGGGUUGGCUAAGGAAGGAGACGUGGCAGAGAGUCAAACUUUUGAAUACAAGCUGCCGUACUAUUCUCGUCGUGCUCAGUCGAAGAGCGAACCAUCUCAGGCAUCUCAGGGCUCUGACGGAGCCGACGUGGACAACGAACUCCCCCUCUCGUCGACAGGGAAGCAGAUGUCCCCACAUCGUCGAGUUACACUGCCUCCUAUGAAGGCGAGUGCAGGAUCCCAAAUUCCUGUUGCCACCGAGCAUAACCAAGCGGUGUCUUCAGUUUCUCGGACGGCGAAGGUCCGAGAUAGCACCAUCGAUCGAUGCUUCGACAAACAAAGCGCUCAACAAAGAGUGGAGCCGACCAUGUCAGGUCGAAUCGCGACAUUGCCAUCAUCAAAUGAUAAAGAUCCACAAGGCGAAGAUGGGGUGACUACAGGCACAAACACCACGGACAGUCUCAAGCACGGCAACAAUGAAAUCUCGGAACCCAGAGAAAACCCCAUCAGUUCCACCCCACGUCGUGGUGGCCGCGGGGGUCGACGAGGACGAUCCCCUUGGUACCGUGGCCGACGUGGCAGAGGAGGUUAUCGUGGAAGCUCACAGGGCAGACAAGCAGCAUGA